GUUGUGUUUCGUUCGAUGACGUAGUCAGGAAGUACCCCCGAGUUGGACAGACGAGUUGUGAGUGUUUUAGUCACUAAUUUAACAUUAACUUUGCUUACUUUAAGUGUUAAAUGAGAAUUGAAGCCAGGUUAGUCAUUGACUCAAAGCCCAAACUGUUAACAAGAAAUAAAAAAGGCUUUUCGCUGAGCGUAAUGGAAUACAUAGCCUAUUUACCGUAGUUGCUAAUAACGGAGGCAGAAAAGGGACCGUGAGCGGUAUUUACGGUACAGACAGCUGGUUAGUACACUGUAAUGCCUUAAAAGGUGUUGUUGAAAUUGUCCGUGACCCUUCUUGCUGAUCAGAAAUGCGUUGCAAGAUGUUAAAUGACACAAAUAAGCAAAAUACUCUCUCACAUUUGGCCUACUUACCUUGUUUUUCAUUCAAAAGUUUCCCUGUAAUUCCUUAAGGCUUCUCCCAACAAGCUAUCAUCGAAAUAUGACAUCUACAUCCGCCCAGUAUCAGAGAAUUCAUGCAGAUGCUACCCUGUAUUGUACACCCUCUAGCGACCGAUCACAGUCUCAUAGGCCUACACGUGUGGCUCCCAGUCAGCUGAUCCAAUAAGCCCUGUUUACAUGUGGGCUUAAACAUGAACUGGAGCUAUAGUUACCUUGGGUGAUAAUAAAUCAGCUUGGAUUGUUGUGUUUACGUGUUCAAUGAAUGAAGUUGGCUUUUGCUUUCAUCAGCCGUGACCCUUAUCCUCAUCAGUUAGGCAUAUCAGUUGUUUGUCUUUGCACUUUAUUGAUCCAGAGCAAGUUGUAACUUGUGGGCUGCUCUGAAUGCACAUUAAAGAAAAAACAACAUCAGCUGCUUUUACUGACGCUUCAUCUCUUUCCGUUCCUUUCUUGCUGACCCUGGUGUUUUACUUCUGCAGUUUCAUCACUCGGGUUCACUGAUGUAGAGGUCCUUGUCAGAGACAGACACACAGUUUAUGUGUGUGUUGUUGCUCCUGGGGUCAGGUAGGAUAUUAUCAGACUGUAUUGGCUGUACUUCUAAACAACGAUGCAUAGAUUUGCUCUGUUUUAUCGCAAUAAACUUGGUCAUGUGAUGUUUGCAUCACACUUAAAACAUCAUGUGAUAACAGUGACAUAAAAGUUUGUUUCACUGGUUGUUCCUGUAGUCCAGUGUUAAGAUGGGACCUGCUCAUGCUGCCUGUGCUCUGUUAAGCCUCGCACCCCUGUUGGUGCUUGGUGUUCCUCCUAUUUGGACCCAGCCAGAGCAGGUGCACCUUUCUUAUCCAGGUAAGUGCUUUUCCAUUUUUUCCCAUCAAUAUUAAGAGGCAAAAUAUUACUGUAUACUUUGUGUUGUGCAGCAAUUAUUGUUGAAGCUCCAAAGUUGAGCCUGUUCACUCAUAUGCCAGUGAGUUGAAACACCACUGAAAGUCAUCAAGAUCUAAGGAAAAUGCUCAUUCCCUCUACCGCCGCCAUACAGCAAAUGCAAUUCUUUAAGCACCUAGGAAGCAUGAAAGCACAUCACCUGUGCAAAGUCAGCCUAUUCAUUUGCAUCCCUCAGCUUCUAUGAGUGCACAAUGAAGGAAAUCUGGUUUACGCACAUUAAUCUGCAUCACAAUUAUGUGCACGGUCUUUUCUUCACAGGAGAGUCAGGGUCUAUGGUGGUGACCUGGACCACCUUUAAUAAAACUGAGAGUUAUGUGGAGUACAGCCUCAUGGGGGGUCGGCUCUUUGAGAUGACAGCCAAAGGGGAAGCAUCUCUAUUUGUGGACUCUGGAAAAGAAAAGAGGAAGAUGUUUAUCCACAGAGUCAUUCUUACAGGCCUAAAACCAGCUGCUACUUACGGUGGGUAGAGCUUAACUUUCACUUUGGGCUUGUGAGAUUGUUUCUUUAAAUUAAUGUUUUCAAGUGUGUCUCUUCUCCUAUGUAAUUUCAGUCUACCACUGUGGGAGCGCUGAGGGCUGGAGCGACAUAUUCUUCUUCACUGCUCUGAACAACAGCACUAGUUUCAGUCCUAGAUUCGCCCUGUAUGGUGACCUGGGUAACGAGAACCCUCAGUCUCUGGCCCGACUACAAAAAGAGACACAGCAGGGCAUGUACGAUGUUAUCCUGCACAUAGGUGAGCCCCACGCUAAACCAAUCAGAUCAAUAAAAACAUUUUAAAUAUAAUCUGAAUAAUUUGUACUUUUAAGACACUUCAGAAACAUAUUUUUUCUUCUUGUGUUGUCUAGGGCUGAGUCAUAUCUUUGAGCAAAUCAUUUAUCAAAUCAAGAAAAAUAACUAAGAGAGCUGUAAUGAAGAGGCAAUAAACAAUCUUGGUAACAACUUGUACAAGAAUGAAUGGAUCAGCAUUCAUCAUCAGACUUAUUUACUUUGAAAGCUUAUGGGUUGUUUGUGUGGCGCUGCUCUCACAGUUUGUGAAAAGGGAGAGUGGAGUCUGGGGAGAAUGUGGGUCUGUUUUGUAUCAAAACUUUGUUUGUCCAGAAAAUUGGCCCGAAUCUCUGCUUCCCUGACUAUUGUCCCUUGUCUGGAUAUUAUGCCAAGGACUAAAAGAACAGCCUUCUGAUUUUUAUUCUUUUUGUUGGCUUGUCAAAUGACUCACUAGGUUAAAUCCUUUUUUUUACAGCCACUUAAAAGGCUUACACAGCUUAAAUGUUAAGUCUGGUUUCCUCAUUAAUCCAGACUAAACAUUUCUUUAUGGCUAACUUGGGUCCACAAGUCCAUAAUAUAAUAAAAAUUGGCAUCUUGGGAAAUAAGCUUGUUAGCUUUCUUGCACAGGGUUUGUUGAGAAGAUUGAUACCAACAAUGACUGAAUGCUAAAAAAUGAGACUUUGACCAGCAGCAUGUAAGCUUAGCUCAGUGUAAGACACACAUUAAAAGAUUAAGAAAAUAUUGAGAAGUUUUGACAUUUAUUUUGUGUUGAAUUAACACUAAUGGACAGGAUACAACAUAAUAUGAAUAAUUAGGGAGCUAGAGAAAUUAUGGUAAGCUGUCCUACUUGAUUCAACGUUUAUCUCUAAUGUUAUGCUAAACAAAGCUUAGCGUAAAAUUGCUUAGAAUGUGGGAUUUAAUCAUCUGCAAUAUAAACAUACUCAUUAAAAGAUUAAGAAAAUAUUGAGAAGUCUGUACAAAAGGUGCAAAGCUGAAAACCAACACUGGAUAGCUGAUUUUUGACUCUGCAUGACUCUGUUGUGGAAAUCACAGCAUGGUUUUAAAACUGAACAGGGUUUGAAGAUGCAUCCACAGAUGCAGAUCAAAAAGCUGUAUCAGAAAGCUUCCCAUCUUGUUAUAAAAGAGAAAAAUAUUUAUUAAAUUGUUGAUAAAUGUUAAGAAAUCAUAACCAGACUUUGGAUAAAGCUUACUGUCCUGGAUCAAUACUAAAAAGGUUUUUCAACUCAGAUGCAGAUUUAAAUGAGUUUAAAGAGUUCUCUACAGCCAGUCUGUUGGCCCAAGACUGUUUAAGAUGGACUGAGGCAAGGUGGAAAACUUAACUGUGAGCUAAUGAAUAAAAUCUGACAUCCCACUCUUUGUAGAGUGGGACUGCCCGGCUUGUGUGUAUGCAUGGCAACUUAAUGCAUUUAUUGAUGCAUCCUUAAUGAAUCACAAGACAGGUUUGGGGAAAGCAAAAGCUGCAAUCUAGCCCAAGCCUUUUUUGAAGAUGAUGCCAAACUACUUGGCAUGGCUUGGUAGCAUAAAAGUCUGAGUGCUAAAGUGGCCUGCCCACAGUCCAGAUUUGUCACCUAUUAAAUGUUUGUCAUGUCAAAAAAACGUGACAAAGAAGAUCCUGACAGAAAAGUUAAGGAGGCUAAAUUUCAUAUAAAGCUCCAGGCUUCUAAUCAUUUUUUUCUGUUUCUUUUCCAGGGGACUUUGCCUACGACAUGCAUGAGGUACUUUUCUUGUUUUUUUCAUCAGUACCAUGAACUCUGAUCACACCCAGUACUAGUGCUCUGUGACAAUAAGCACCUUUCAUCAAUCUGCUGUAUCCUGGAAGCCACUCUGACACUCCACUUAUUCCAAAAUGACAGAUUAGAUCAGCCAAUUCACCCCUCUCUACUGCUUCCACCUCACCACAAGGUACUAUCUGCGCAGUUUAAGUCCCUCAGCCGUGGUUUAGACACACAGCUUAUGAUUAGUGAAAAGCCUCAAACCAGCGGUGAAAGACAAGAGGCCUGGUUAUGUCACCCAAGUAUUUCUUGGAAAAAAAAAAAGCGCCAUUGGUAACCACAAAAACUACGUCCUGAUAUCAUUUUAGCUCAUCUGAAAACCUUCCAACUGUCAUCGUUCAUACUUAGCAAAUCUAACCCCGUCUUGGACGCUAAUAUUAAUUUUCCUUGAGUAGAGUCCCUGCAUUAUUCAUGUUCUUUCUAAUGCGGAAAACUGCUAAAUCCAAUCAGCAGGCUACAGAAAUAUGAAUAACUAUAAUUCAUCCAAUUCAGCUGGAAUGUGCGAGCACAUUUUGUGGUUUCACUGAUAAUAUAAAUACAAAAACAGAGGGAGGGGAAUUAAUGGCUUUGGCCAGUAAAACCCAUCAGUGCUGCAGUGAACUACAGGGUACCUUAAGAGCACAAAGAGGUUAGUCCACUAGACUUAUGAUACCAGCCUGAAGCUGUUGAGGGAAGAGACUGGUUGGGGUUUAAGAUGAUAUUUAUUUAUUUAUGUAUUUUGUUUGUUUUUCAUCAAACAAGAUAAAAAUAAAAAGUUAAAUUCAAAGAAGUUGGACCCAUAGACACUCAAAUCACAACCCAUUCACAGUUUAUUCUUAUGGUUUUGGGCCUCUUGGGUUUGGGUAACUUAAUGUUUUAUUCUUGAAUGAUGAUUGGAGUUUUAAUUAUAAAGAUUAUACAGGUGAAAAUAUCAGGCAGUCCAAACCACAAAUACUGUUUGGACAAAGGUUUCUACUACACACGUUCCUCAAUACAUCAACAUGUACAAAUUAGUACCCAGAACUGUUUCCAAGCCAAAAUAAUAAAAUAAAAUACAAUACAAGAGCAAUAAUAAGAACGUGGAGUAAUCGUAAGAACUUAAACCAAAACCCCUAGCACUGCAGUCCUUUAAACUAGUUUGGUUAAAUAUUCAGGAAUGGAGGAAAAUACACUUUUUUCUCCUGUCUUUGGCUUCAAAUGUAAAGGCAAAAUGUCCUUUAUUUAUUUUUUUAUAGGACAAUGCCAGGAUUGGAGAUGAGUUCAUGCGGCAGAUCCAGUCCAUAGCAGCUUAUGUGCCUUACAUGACCUGUCCAGGCAACCAUGAAGCCACAUAGUAGGUGACUUUAAAUCUCGUUCCGAUCAAUUUUACCCUUCCUCUGUUGUAUUAUCAUGCAGCAUUAUACACAUCGAGUGAUCAUACACUUGCACAUGAAGGCUUUCUGACUUUUGUGUGUUUGUUUACACUUUGCUCAGGAUGCAUAGACAUAUAAUUAAUGGGGUUUGGGGUGAGUACAUUGGUACGUGCUGUAUUACAUAGUGGUGAGAGAGGUUUGCCAGACUCCACAUGACAAAUUACUCACAGAACUGCCUACUGUAGAUGUACGGUUAGUGCACACCUUCUUAAAGAGGAGAAUACCGAACCCCUUAAAAAAAAACCUCUCUGGUCUGCCACAGUUUUUCCUCUAUAAAAAAACAAACUCUGGCCUGCAGAAGACUCCUCAUUGUACCAUUUGUGCAGAUGGGAGCUAUUUUGGUCACCAAAGGCUGGAGCAGCAUCAGAAACCACCAACAUCUAAACAAGGCAGCGUUCUCCAAAGCAAACAUUUAUCUGACUGGGAAUCAUCAGCUUUCACUAUCUGUUUUUCAGCACGCCGAGUCUGUCUGCGUUUUGACUCAUCUUCAUUGCAUGUGUUGAUCAUAUUUUGGUCUGGGGAAUGUCCUGAACUGAAAAACCUGUUGAAUAAUUGUUGUUAUUUCAGCUACAAUUCCUAAUACCUCCAGCUUAUCAGAUGUGAGGAUCUGAAGGUUUUCUUUGUCUCAAAGGAAGGUGAAUUCAAUAUAUUUGAGUUUUGGACUGGUGGUCAGACUACAGUGACAACUUUAGCCUAGAAUCUGAGGAAUAGAUAAAUUGAUAGAAAGGAAAAUCUGCAGAAUAACAAACUCUGCUGCUACUUGUUAACAAGUUUGUACUUCCAGAUCCUUUUAUAUUUGACCGCAACUUCGGCUAAAUUGUUCUCCCCCACUGAUGAUUUACAUAACCUACCAAAUGGCCCUUAGGAAUCUUCAGCAACCCAAACAACAUUGCCUCCUCCAGCAGACUCAGGUUUAGUUUAUGCAAAGUCCCGAUACUGACAAAGCGUAUACUGCCUACUCUACCUAUCGACCCCGGAAUAUCUCCCACAGCCUGACCAUGGACUCAGAUGGGAAGCCAGAGCCAACAUAGCUAAGGGUUAUCAAAUGGGCACUUCUUCUUCCUUUUCACCUACAACCCACAACAACUUCAGCGGCUGAAGUAGAAAGAACAGAGAGAAAAGUCUGUGGAGAGGUGUUAGAAAGAGGACAGGGAUGUUUAUUCCUGCUGGAUUAGGCUGUACCCUCUGCCUCCCCCUACGCUCCCAUUUUUCAUGAGGGGAGGAAGGAAGUGAGACAGAGUGAGAAAAAGAUUAAUCUUCUUCCCUGAACUUUGCUUUUGGCAUCGAACUGUCAAACUGACUUUUGAUACAAAUUUAGCAUUUUGGUCCCUUUAGCUGCUCGAUCAGGUCUUCAGCAUGCAUCUUAAUGUGAGUUUUAUUGGGACAGUUGCAGUGUUUUAUAAAUACUCAUUUGCAUUAACUUGGCAUCUGAAUUAUUCUGCUGAUCUAAUACUAGUAAACCCACUGCAGCGUCUUUCAAACGUGUUGCUGUAGUUCAGUUAAAGGUACUUUUUCUAAUUUGGCUCAGUGGAAUGUAACUGAGGAGAAUUAAAGACUUGAAUAAAGCUGACACAGCGAACUUGAAGCAUCCUCGUGUGCUUUCAAUCCCAGCUGAUGCACCCUUAAAUUCCAAGCACAUCUGCUGGUGUCAGUGGUGUGUGUUUAUGCAUUUUGAAAUCUAUGAGGUGCCUGAUCUUGCACCAUAAUAUUUACUUACUGCUGCAGCAUGCAGACAGUCCUCGCCUGGCCCUGCCAUGUGUCAUAUGACGGCUGCCUGGUUCUUAUUAAGGAGCUGCUAACGGUAGUCUCUUUUUCUUGGCACUGCGUUCCGACAUGAGAACUUGAUAUUGAGAACUUGCUCGUUUGCUGUGUUACAUAACCAGAAAUCCAGCUCCUAUACCUUUGUGUUUUGCUCUGCGGUGUCAAGAAAUCCAAAUAUUCCCAGCAGCUGGCUCCAUCUUUUCUUCCUCGCUCUCCCUCUCUUUACCGCUCUGUCCCUCUCUUUCCGACCUCAAAAGCUAAUGGGUAGAGAGAAAUUGAAACAGGGCAGACCGCAAAAGUUUUCGGUCAGCAUUCCAGCGAGAUGAGAACAGAGGAUCCACAGAAGAUGCUAAGGCCCCAAUCAAGACUGUCUUUGUUCCCUUAGCACAAUACGGUUCAUCAGACCCUCAGAGGGACAGGGAAGUAACCGUUGCUGCCUGAAACAAUGUCCCAUGAUGGGAGUCAGCGAUAUGCCUCCUGAAGGCCACAACUGCUUCCUUUCAUCCCUCUAACGGCUGGGAUUGAGCUCAUCAGAUGAUGAAAGGGGAGGUUUGAUGAGGAGGGAAAGUCUUGUUCAGUCAGUUUUCGAGUCGAGUUGUCCACAUUGAAUCUGACAGCCACCAGAUUUCUAUCUCCAUAACAUUUUACCAGGAAAGCAAACACACAUGGGAGUGAGCGUGCUUUGGGUUACAGAGGAUGACUCACUCUCUAAGUUGGUCUCGUACAGGGCAGAUUAAUGAAAGAAAUAGAGACUUAUCAUAUUGGUACUCAAUCGGAUUUUCCAGCUCACAGCCACAAAACAAAGGACUGUAAACUAAGCCUUUCUUUUUUUAAUUCUUCAGCUCAGCCUUUUCCUUCAGGCCUGCCUGAUUACAUCACUCUCUCUGGAUCCCUAGAGAGUGUGUAUUAUUAUUUUACUGAAUGAAAAUAUAAUUGUUCAUUUCUUCUAACUCCUCAGUGCCUUCCCGUGUGUGUUCGCUGCUACUCUUCUUAGCCACAAGAUGGGAGCCUAAACCCAUCUUUAAGACUCUUCCUGCUUUGAGUUCCUUCACAGGGGUGGUGGAUUUUCACAGACCCAGCUCCCUCUCUUUAAUGUUCCAGAGAAAAUACUUCUUUUUGCAAAUGUUUUUGAGUAAAUUGGGAAGCUGAAGCUUGAUUUCAUGAAGGCUAAUGUUGAUUUGUGGUAAUGGAGGAAUGAUUGACACCAGUAUGGAUGAAAAUGCUGAGUUUAGCAGUUUUUUCGUCAGUGCUGGGUGAUCACAGCUCACACCCUGGCCUUGCCCAUUUAACACUGACCUCAGUGCCCACAGAACAGAAAACCACUGGUCUCAUUAUUUCUGCCUUAAUCAUCAUUAUUUCCAAGUCUCUUCCAUUCUUCUUUCACGUUCCUGCUCCUGGCUUUUGACCUCUGACCUCUCUGUCCUCUAGUUACCAUCAACCAUACAUUAACUGCAGUCCAGCUAGAAUACAGCCCUUUUUUCCCCUUCACUUAUGUAAGAUAAGAAAACAAUCAGUCCCAUCACCUUGCUCAGUUAAUGGCCCGUAGAGAAGAUUGGCUCCUGCUGAAAUGAAAAACCGUGAAAGGAGCGAGUCGCGUUGGCGUCAGGAGGAGGUUUCCAUGAAAGAGUUGUUCUUUUUGGCACGUGACUGCUCUCGUAAUAUAUGGAGGGAAUGUAAACACUGGUGCACUCGUGGAUUUAAUUUCUGAUUAAUUCUUGUUUUGAAUGAUCCGGUUGUCAGAAAAGGAAGUGGCGCCGAGUGUGAUCGCAGUGAAAGAAAGAAGUUUUUCCAGAUUUACCAUUUCCACUUAAACUGGAUCAAAUACAAACCACCAAAACUCGGUGGUGAAAUCAUUGUGGAAGUUACUUAAGAUCUAAUUCCUAUAAUAGAUGCUGCAUGUAAAAUUACAGUGCUUUUUAAGGAGGAUGUCAUGGUUUUUAUAGGGGUAUAUUUAGAGGCCUGCUUUUCUUGAUUGACAUAUGCAUUACAUGCUAUGUGACCUCAUCUCAGCUCCACCCAGGCUCCCUCUUACUUUUAUUAUCUGGCCUCAGAAACUGACCAUGAUCCUAAGUUCAAAACUUGUAGUGCUUUGUCACUGAGGCAUCGUCCAUGGUCUUUCAACAGCCUUUAAUUUGGAGAGGCAGCCUCUGACAGCCAAGCUGCAGAAAAGUGGACGGUCUCUUUGACUAAAAAUAGCGACAUGUUUUUAAAGUUUGACACAGAUGUCAGCACCACAGUUUAAUGGGCAUCUUUAUCCAAUGAUAUAUCAUUCUGAGCUUUCUGGCAGGCUGACACGAAGAGGGGAAGUGGCCAAAUACAGAAGAAUUGCUGCAAGACUAGGGAGUCAUUUUCAGAAUUGCUGCUGAUUCAAAGCUGAAAAUACUCUUGAGUGUAUUGUGAGUAAACUGUAGUUUUGCUUUGUUUGAGCUUCUCUGUGGGCACCGCAAAAUAAGACAAAAAAGAAGUUUGAGAAGAAAUUUCAGCCCAUCUAACAUUUUCCUGCUUUCUUCUUUGUUUGCAGCAACUUCUCCAACUACAGGAACCGCUUCAGCAUGCCUGGCAACACUGAGAGCUUGUGGUACAGGUGAGGCGAAAGAAAAAAAUAAUGGUGGACAUGUGGAAGAAGUUAGCCAGUUGUUGUUUUUUCCUUUUUUUUUUUGGACACUGUAAAGCAGGUGAAAAACCACAAGAAGUUUUGGUCAGGAGAAGAGGAUGCAAGCUGCUCAGAGCUCAGAGCAAGGAAAGAGGAAUAAUUCAUUUUCCAACCAAGGCCCCAUGUGAAGGAUCACAUUUAGGUUUACCAAGCCCACUACUGUAUUUCUUUAAGCAUUAAUGAGCUGUAAUAGGCCGCCCAGAGGAGCUGGCAGUAGCAGGGAGCAGAGUUUGCUUCUCCUAUCUCAGAGACAUGGGGAUUACACAAAGGAGCUAUACAUCUCACUGAGUGACUCAUGGCUUACUACAGACCUCCUCCUCUCAGACAGAAAGAUAAAACCAUACUAGAUCAUAGACCAGCUGCCCACUCCUCAGACCCAGGGUCUAGACACAGACAAGCCUGCUGGCUGAGGGCCAUGGCUCCAUGUGUGUAGUUAUGAAAACUGAAGAAACACUCUAACUGCUAGACUACUGCUGGAAACUUUUCAGUUCAUAACAUGGCAUACACAUGUACCGAACACAUGCUUUUCCACUGAGGCUGCAUCAGAACAUGGAAGCACUCAGAAAGUAAUUUUUUUUUUUUCUCAAGUGGGUCUGGCUUUGCAUUCAGCAGCAAAAUGUCAAAGACAGGACUGAGUUUUGGGGCAUUUUUCGCACUAUUGUGAAUGUAAAGUGAGGCCUGACUUUCAGCAUGCUUCCUCUACUGGGUCAGGCUGUGUAUCAUUUUUACGACCUGUGUCCGCAGCUGGAACCUGGGGUCAGCGCACAUCAUCUCCCUCUCUACCGAGGUUUAUUUCUAUCUCGAGUUUGGCCUUGAGCUCCUCUUCAAGCAGUACGAGUGGCUGAUGAAGGACCUGGAGGUGAAUGACCACAACAGUUUGAUGUGUUGAUGAUGGCUAAGUGCUCUCAUUUCACUUCCUGCCCCUCAAAACUACCUGAUCUUCCAAAGUUGUUCUAUUUUCUUGUCUUCUUUUAUGAUAUUUCAUGUGUUUGGAAUUAAAUCUUAUCAAACUAGGAGGCCAACAAGCCAGAGAACCGAGCAGUACGUCCGUGGAUCAUCACCAUGGGACACAGACCCAUGUACUGCUCUGAUGACGACCAAGAUGACUGUACCACAUUUGACUCCUAUGUAUGUAAACAGAAUCCUCUCCACAGAUUUAUACCAUAGACUGUAUAAAGAAUAGAUGCCAAUUGCCUCCUCACUGGGUGAAGCCAACCCUAGAACAGCACCCUCUGGUGACGGACUGCAGUAUAGGUCAUAAAUCCCGCCUCCUCCAGCAAUCCCUAUGGAGCUGUGGACAAAAUGUUGAAAUUUAUGACACAGAAUAUACAUUUUUCUCCCCCCCGCUCACGAUGUUGACAGAUAGUUGUAGUAAGACUGGUUUGUGCUCAAAUCCUCUUUUUUCUGUACAGCUCCAUUUUUAAAAGUUAUCAGGGGGUUCAUGAUUUCUAUGAUUGACACUUGAUACAGCCUAUGGGCGUACGAAGAUUAUAUAGCUCACCCGUGGGAUACGCUGUUUGAGCAGAGCAUCAUCACAGCAACUCUCGACGACUCUCCCCCUGAAUAUGUACAACACUACUGCGCAAUGUUGGUUUCAGGAAAUGGAGAAAAAAAAACUUUUCGGCUUCAAACCGUAUACAGGCAGGAGGCGGAACCAAGUUGUCCAUAGUAUAUACAGUCUAUGGUUUAUACUUAAAAUUCUUAUUGCAUUAUUUAUUCUAAUAUUCAGACGUAAAUAUGUUAAACCACAACUGUUUCUUCAGCUGCUACCCCCUCUAGGCAGUUACAGACAAUAUAAAUCACAUGAUAAAAAUCAUCAGUUUUGUAGCUCAUGGUCUUGUUUUCUUUUGUGUAUCAUGAAAAGGCAUGGCUACAAAUUUCAGUCUAUUUUCUAUUUUAAGAAUUCAAAAAAAUUCCUCACUGGAGCUUUAAACAGAGGAGUUUGAUAUUGAGUUUGUCAAAUUUAAAGAGUCUGCAUCCUAAAGUAUUUCUUUGUCUUUGCAUUAAGUAUUUGUAGGAUUCAUAUUCUGCUGUGUUGCCUGAAUUUUUAAUUGCUCUCGGUGGGAGACGUGUCACGUUUUAUUGCGAGCUGGCCGGUACACAUUGCAGCCUGUAAGCACAUUGAGUCUGGCCUGCUGUCAUAAUCACAGCAAUUUGGACCAAAUAGUUUCCACUUAAGGUUUUCUUGUCUCAGCACUUGGCACAGUUUGGACCGAGGCUGGCACAGGUAUAAUGGAGCUCUACCAGGUUGUGUUUUAGGUAGCAGGUAGAGUUUCAGACAUUGAUGUCAGUUCCUGUUGUUAUUAUUCCCCUCUGUUAUAUUUCAGGUUCGACGAGGACGGAAUGACACCAAACCAUCAGCUCCUGGUCUAGAGGAUCUGUUUUACCUCUAUGGUAUGCGCUGCUCGUGGGUGUUUGUGAGCUGAAAAUUUCACACUCACAGACUAAAGUCUUUCCAAAUACUGAGAGCAGAGCAAUUCAAAUAUCCUUUUAUUAAAAAUAAGCCUUUGGUCCCUAAAGCCCUUUUGUAAAUGUUUGUCCUGUAUUACAUGUCUCACGCUGGUGUUUGUUGCAUUAAAUUACUGAAGUUGUAGUGGAACUUUGAAGGUUUUUGUUGCUCUGAAGUGAGGAUUUUGGUCAUUUGUGAGAAAAACUUAAAAUGAAAUGGGCAGUCGAUCAGAGAAAUAUGAGAUUUUGCUGCAAAAAUAGGUUUAAUUGGUCCAUUCAAUGGGUUAUUUUUCUAUCAGAGAUGCUGAUUAUCUUCAAAUCUCUUUCACAGGAGUGGAUGUAGAGCUGUGGGCACAUGAACACACUUAUGAAAGACUGUGGCCAGUCUAUGGUGACAAGGUCAGCUCCUCACCACAUUCCUGUAUUUACAGUCUUUGUUCUGGAUCAGUGACAGAGAUGUGUGUUUUUCUCUUCAAGGUAUUCAAUGGGAGCAAAGAGCAGCCUUAUCUGAACCCAAAAGCUCCAGUCCACAUUAUCACAGGCUCUGCUGUAAGUAAUUUCACAUCACAGCAUCAGCAUUUUUCCCACUCACAUUGAUGCAUAAAUUGACAGCAGCAUCAACAAAAACAAUGUUGCAUUGUUCAAAGUCCCUUCUGUGCAGCAGUUGGUCUGCCACAUGGUUCACUGCCAGCUGUUUCUCUGGUUAAGUGUUUUCUGAUGUGGUGGAGAGCAGUGCAGGACAUGCCUCGUCAUCCGACCGCAGAGGGAUUAGUCAUCAGCAUAUCAAACUGCAGCCAGACUCAUACCGAGGCGCAGCCACAGUUGUAAAUGUCACAUAGGGUUUUGUGGACAGAGCUGGUGGAGGGCAUUUGGCUCUACUAACAGAUCUGCUGUAAUCACCACCUAUUCCUCUGCAGGGCUGCAGAGAGAGGACCGACAGGUUCAACCCAAACCCUAAAGAGUGGAGUGCUUUCCGCAGCACAGACUACGGCUACACCCGCAUGCAGGUGGUCAACGCCACCCACCUUUACCUGGAGCAGGUCUCUGAUGACCAGGUGAGCACACAUGCAGGAGCAUGCACAUAAGUUCAACAGAGGUGAGAGAGGUCACUGAAGUUAUAACAAUGUCUGCUCUGUGUGUUUCAGUAUGGCAAAGUGAUUGACAGCAUCUGGGUGGUGAAAGAAAAGCAUGGCUACUCUUCCUGGUUCUGAAAAAUGCCAUCCUUAAAAAAAAAAAAACGACUGCUCAGGAAACGCACUUUAAACUUUGAACAAGCACAUAAUUUGCAAAUUGUACUGAUGAUUUAAAUGAUGCAUUUCAUUUAUAUAUUAUUAGAAAUCAUUUGAAUCAAGAAGUAGUAAACUGAUUGAUUUUAUGUAUUUUUUUCAGCUUUAAACAAUCACAACAUCUCUCUGUGAUGACUGAGGAUCAAAAUGCAGCUGAAAUGAGCUGUUUUAACCCUGUUUUGUAAACAGAAAAUUAAAAACUGUCAAUUUUGCUUU